UGCGCAGACACGUGCCUCGGCUGGCCUGAGAAUCUGGGAGGUUUCGGGAGGUUUGGGGCUGCAAGGAGAGCGGAGCGGUAGUCCGAAUCCGGGAAUCCGGAGGGGAAAGAACCGAAUCUGAGCGUGCCCGGGCCCCUCUCAGGCGGUGGUCCUUCGCUCCCUGCCGGCUGUCAUGUGGGCUGCCCUGAGGUUAGCCCUGCGGCCCAACGCCCGCGCCUUUGUCCCCGGGCCGCGCGCUUAUCACGGGGACUUGGUGGCCACGCUGGGCACCCAGCCAGACUCGGGCUCUGCCAUCUACCAGGAAAACUAUGAACAGAUGAAAGCACUAGUAAAUCAACUCCGUGAACGAGCGCAGGAAAUAAGAUUAGGAGGCAAUGAGAAAGCCCGAGAACUCCACAAAUCAAGAGGAAAACUUUUAGCCAGAGAAAGAGUGGACAGUCUUAUAGACCCAGGAUCUCCAUUUCUGGAAUUAUCUCAGUUUGCAGGUUACCAAUUAUAUAUGAAUGAGGAGGUCCCGGCCGGUGGCAUUAUUACAGGCAUUGGCAGAGUAUCAGGAGUGGAAUGCAUUAUUGUUGCCAAUGAUGCCACCAUCAAAGGAGGUUCCUACUACCCAGUGACUGUGAAGAAACACUUACGGGCGCAAGAAAUUGCAAUGCAAAACAGACUCCCCUGCAUUUACUUGGUUGACUCAGGAGGGGCAAACUUACCUCGACAAGCAGACAUAUUUCCAGAUCGAGAUCACUUUGGCCGUAUAUUCUAUAACCAGGCAAUUAUGUCUUCUCAAAAUAUUGCACAGGAAAAAGAAAAAGCACCAAAAGCAAUGGCAAAAGGACCUUUUCUAGCUUCUCCUGUUCCCCGAAGCUUCUCUCCUUCACCUGAUCAGCAGACUUGUGCUUUACUCUGUAGAAAGUCUGGAGUAUCCGACUACUACGCUUUGGAUGAUCAUCAUGCCCUUCACCUAACUAGGAUGAUUGUGAGGAAUUUAAAUUAUCAGAAGAAAUUGGAUGUUACUGUAGAACCUUCUGAAGAUCCUUUAUUUCCUGCUGAUGAAUUGUAUGGAAUAGUUGGUACUAACCUUAAGAGGCACUUUGAUAUUCGAGAGGUCAUUGCUAGAAUCGUGGAUGGAAGCAGAUUCAACGAGUUCAAAGCCUUAUAUGGAGACACAUUAGUUACAGGAUUUGCUAGAAUAUUUGGAUAUCCCAUAGGUAUCGUUGGAAAUAAUGGAGUUCUCUUUUCUGAAUCUGCAAAAAAGGGGGCUCACUUCAUCCAGAUAUGCUGCCAAAGGAAUAUUCCUCUGCUGUUCCUUCAAAACAUUACCGGAUUUAUGGUCGGUAGAGAAUAUGAAGCUGAAGGAAUUGCCAAGGAUGGUGCCAAGAUGGUGGCUGCUGUGGCCUGUGCUGAAGUGCCUAAGAUAACUGUCAUCAUUGGGGGAUCUUACGGGGCUGGAAACUAUGGGAUGUGUGGCAGAGCAUAUAGCCCAAGAUUCCUCUACCUGUGGCCAAACGCUCGCAUCUCAGUGAUGGGAGGAGAGCAGGCAGCCAAUGUGUUGGCCACAGUAGCAAAGGACCAAAGAGCACGUGAAGGGAAACAAUUCUCCAGUGCUGACGAAGCAGCCUUAAAAGAGCCCAUCAUUAAGAGGUUUGAAGAGGAAGGAGACCCUUACUACUCCAGUGCAAGGCUGUGGGAUGAUGGGAUUAUUGAUCCAGUGGACACCAGACUGGUGCUGGGUCUCAGUCUUAGUGCGGCCCUCAACGCACCAAUCCAGAAGACUGACUUCGGCAUCUUGAGGAUGUAACUGGAAUAUAAGGCGUCUUCCAUAGGAUAUGUACCAAAAAUUAAUGUACUGGUAGCCUUAAAAUUUUAGACUUUUCCAACAUGUGGCUAUUACGGUAAAAUUGUUUUCUCAACACACUGCAUUGUACUUUUCUACCUUAAAAAAAAAUCAGUGAAGAUAUUUAUUUGAUGAACUUCAAUUCCUUGUCCAUUUUCUUAGAGCAAUUUUUCUGUGGCUCCACUUUACCACCCAUAAAAUGAAGAGAAUAACUUACAGUUAGCCUUUCUAACCCACGUGAAGUAUGAAAAGUUCCAUAACAUAUAAAUCCCAGGUAUGAUUGAGAUUAUUCACAGAGAGUUGUUUUUCCACCGAAAUGAUUGCUUUGCUGAUUAUGCACGAUGCUAUUUUAACACACAUAAUUUUUAGAAGCAUCUAUUACUUUGCCUUUCAGCCACCAUCCUACUCCUUCCUGUAACAGUCAGACUUGUUGCUGUCUGCACUCGGGGCUCUGUUUCCUCCCCAUUCUCUCUUCAGCCUACACCUCAUCGGCUUCCACUGCCAACAGCCCUCUCCAAGGUUGGCCUCCAUGUUGCUGAAGCCAGUGGGUUCUUUCCCGAUGUUACUGGACUGAAUUUUCUGUGGCAUUAAGAGCAGUCAAACACUUGUUCCUAGCAGUGCUAUCCUUAGCUUUCAGACUGUAACUCUAGGUUUUCCACCAACCUCUUUGGCCCUUCUUGUUCCAUCUCCUUUGUCAGGCUCUGUUCCUCUAUGCAUUUCUCUCCCACUCCCUUCACCAUUUGUCCUGAUUUUUCAUUAGUAAAACAUGAAUAGAUUCUGAUUCUGAAAGAUACAAAAAUAACGUGAAAGUAUCUCCUCAUUCUUUUUGAAAAAUUGUGGUAAAAUAUAUAUUACAUAAAAUGUACCAUUUUAACCAUUUUUAGCUGCACAGUUCUGUGGCAUGAAGUCCAUUCACACGGUCUUGCAACCAUGGCCACCAUCCAGCUCCAGAACUUUUCAUCAUUCCAAACAAUAGCAGCUCCCCAUUCCCUCUCCCCCCAGCCCCCGGCCCUCUCCUCAUUCUUAAAUGUAGGUGUUUCUCAUGGUUUGGUUUAUUCUCGCUGGGUCAUUUCAGGCCUUAUGGCUUCGGUGGCCAUCUGAAUGUGGAUGAUUCCUGCAUCAAGGUUGUUCUCCCUGAGCUCCAGACCUGUGUAUCUAACGGGUCUACUGGAUGUCUGCACUGAUGGUCUUAUAGGAACCUCAGAUUCAAUCAUCAAGGUCUAUUGAUUUUGCCUCCUGUCUUUUGGAUUCCCCAUUAUUUCCAUCUUUCACCACCACGGGCUUUAGAAGUGGUCUAUCUGCAUCCAGUCUUAGCUAGUACUGCUUCCCCAUCACUGUGAGAUGAAGAUGGCCAUUCUAAGUGUGCAUCUGGUCAUGCUGUUCCUUUGCUCCAAUGUCUCACUGGUUUCCUGUCGAAGUGCCAGACCCGUCAUGCUCUCCAGGACUGUAAUCAUCACAUCCCCUCUUCUGCCUCAUCUCCUUGACUCUUCCUCACGCUCGGUGCUCUAGCUGUUACAGAUUUCUUGUUCCUUGAACCUGUAGAGUCCUUCCCACCUUAGGGUCCACCACCCAAGGUUCCCUCUGCCUGUACCAUCCUACCUUCCCUUAAACACUUACCUUUUUGUCUCUGUGGCUUCCCUGGUUUGGGUUAGACGCUGUGCUCUCAUAAAGCCGCAGCCACUUUCUUCUCUGUCUUAUAUAUUUAUGAGAAACCUAAACAUUUCUUUAAUACUGCCCUCCUGCUAGAAUGUAAGCUCUCUGAGAGCAAGGAUGUCCUGUUUAGCCUGCAGCUGCAGGCCCUAGCACUUGUAGGUGCUUACGUAUUUGUUGAGUGAAUGAGAAAUCCAUAUUUUAAUUGAUGUCUUCAGACCACAUUACAAUUAAGUGACUGAUUAUGUGAUCUAAUACAACUAUCCAGUGCUUUCCUCAUAAAAUUAAUACUUCAAA